AUUUAAGAGAGUCCCAGAAGUGUCUAGGGCAUGAGCACUGGGAUUUCCAUGAAGAAGGAAGCAGCCAUCUGAGGGAAAUAAAAUCCCCUCAGGCUCUGCGCAACCCCUAAUGCUUGGCCCAAGUCGGGAAGCUUCACAUCUUUGCCAUGGAAUUAGCUGGAGCGGGUGUGCUGGCCUCAUCCCUGGGUGCCAAAAUAACAUCAGCACUGACCAUGGCUCAAGUUGGUGGGGCAGCCACUGGUGCCUUCCUAGCUGGCCUCUCAUCGCAGGGGUUCACUCUGGUAUCCCAGGCUGCCCUGUGCCCUGCAGCAUCUUCCCUGGGCUCUGCAGUGUCUGCUCUUGGGCUGAGCACCACCCUGCCAGAGUCUGCUGCUGUUGCUCUGGGAGCUUCAGUUGGAGCCAAGGUUGCUGUAGCUGUAGCCGGAGGAGGACUGGCUGUGGUGGGCGCACCCAUGGUGCUGAGUGCUAUGGGCUUCACCGGGGCAGGAAUCACUGCCUCGUCCCUGGCAGCCAAGAUGAUGUCAGUCACUGCCAUUGCCAAUGGUGGCGGGGUGCCCGCAGGGAGCCUGGUGGCCACUCUGCAGUCAGUGGGGGCAACUGGACUCUCUCUGUUUUCUAAAGCCUCCCUGGGUACCAUUGCAUCGGUUGGGACAGCCCUUGUGACCACAGCAGUGAGCCUCUAAUAGCUCCAGGCCCCUGCCUGUAGAGGAGAAGGCCACAGGAGCAGAGACUGGUGUACCGCAGCUGGGCUGACCAGUCCCGAGGGCUCUACAAAUGCUACACCCUUAGGGAAAACAAGGAAUAAAAUGAGUUAUUACAGUC